UUGUUCAAGCUUUAAAGAAGGUUCAAACCGAAAAUCCUUUAAUUCUGAUAGAUGAAGUUGACAAGAUUGGUCGCGGUCAUCAAGGCGAUCCUUCAUCUGCACUUCUUGAGCUCCUUGAUCCCGAGCAAAACUCAUCCUUCUUGGAUCAUUAUAUGGAUGUUCCCAUAGACCUCUCAAAGGUGCUUUUUGUUUGCACUGCCAACAUAGUAGAUACUAUACCUGGUCCUCUCCUAGAUCGCAUGGAAGUGAUACAAUUGUCUGGAUAUGUUGCCGAUGAGAAAGUUGCGAUAGCUUCAAAGUAUUUGGCACCGACUGCAAAAGAAAUGGCAGGAUUGAAAAAUGCUGACGUUCAACUUCAAAAAGAUGCCAUAGAGGUGUUAAUUCGAUCAUAUUGUCGAGAAAGUGGCGUGCGCAACCUGAAGAAACAAAUUGACAAGAUUUACCGUAAAACAGCUCUUAAAAUAGUCCGUGAAAUUGGUGAUGAAGAGUUUCCAAAACAAGAACUUGACGAUGUUGAAACCAAAUCAGAAACACCAGAAAAACCUCAGGACGAAAUACCCAUAACCACCGAACAACGAAAACCUUUGAGUGUGCCUGAGAAUGUGCAUUAUACCAUUACUGCGGAAAAUUUGAAGGAUUAUGUUGGGCCCCCGGUGUGGCAUUCGGAUCGGUUAUAUGAUCGAACGCCGCCUGGUGUUGUCAUGGGUUUGGCUUGGACGAGUAUGGGUGGAUCUGCAUU